AGUGACCUGUUAGUUUACUGAUCCUGCAAAAUCCCAGGAAGAACGAUUCUACUAUAUAGUCUAGUAUAUUUGUUCUGUUGCAUGCGAACUCAAAGGGAUAAAAUGAUGAGCUAAUAACUUCUUACAAUAAUAUCUUAUUUUCAGCUACACUUUUACUUUCAGUUAGAGCUUUUAUGUCUUUUUACUAUAAUUCUGACCCUAUUCAUUAUCUUUUGAAAAAAAAUAAAAAUUGAUCAAGAAGUGAUGUUACUAAUUUUUGUAAUCUUUUGACUUUUUCAGCUUCUUUAAGUUGGUGAUUCUGAUCUUCAACUACUUCCAGGUUUUCUAUAUAUUUGUGCUGUUAAAUCUUUGCUUUUUAGUGGUUAUGAUUUGGUUUUCUCUUAUGUGUAAUCUUAGGUUUGGUAUGUAUUACAUAUACCACAUGUCUUGUAUUAUUGAUCAACUUCUUGAUACAUCUUGAAAGGGUGUUUAUCUUUGUUUUUUGUUGAAUCUUCAAUUUUGAGUCAUGGGUUUCUUGGGUAUAACUUCUAGAAGUCCUUUCAGGAAGAUGAGUUUGAUGUUCUGUAAUAUGUUAGAUUUAGUAGUUGUUAUGUUAUUGUUUUGUGAUUUUGCUUGGAGUAAGGAGUGUACAAAUGUUUUUCCUGAGCUUUCAUCACACACUGUUCGGUACCAAUUACAAUCGACUAACAAUCAAACACGGAUAAAUGAAAUUUUCCCGCUUUACUAUCUCAAUCCAACCGAUAGCUCUACUUGGACUAAUGGGAUUCCUAGGAAAGUUUUGAGGGAGGAUGAUGGAUUUGAUGGGAAUAUUAUGCACAAGAAUGUGAUAGAUGCUAGUGGAUUCAAAGUCCCCAAAGGUCUUCUCAAGGAGUUGCCUUUAAGAAAUGUAAGGUUGGGUUCGAAUUCAAUUUAUGGCCGGGCUCAGCAGACAAAUUUGGAAUAUUUACUGAUGUUGGAUGUUGAUAGAUUAGUUUGGAGCUUCAGGAAGACUGCUAGUGUGCCAACUCCAGGCUGUCCUUAUGGAGGUUGGGAGGCUCCAAAUGUCGAGCUUCGAGGGCACUUUGUAGGUCAUUACUUGAGUGCUUCAGCACAAAUGUGGGCUAGCACUCGCAAUGAGACGCUUAGAAAGAAAAUGUCUGCAGUGGUUUCUGUUCUAUCUGACUGUCAAGUCAUAAUCGGAACUGGGUACCUUUCUGCUUUCCCUUCGGAUUUUUUUGAACGUGUUGAGGCUCUGAAACCUGUGUGGGCGCCAUAUUACACUAUUCACAAGAUAAUGGCAGGCCUUUUGGAUCAGUAUUUAUUUGCAAAUGAUACUCGAGCCUUGAGAAUGGUAAAAUGGAUGGCUGAUUAUUUUUACAAACAGGUAAAAACAGUGAUACUGAAGUACACUAUUGAGAGGCAUUGGCAGUCACUGAAUGAAGAAACAGGUGGAAUGAAUGAUGUUUUGUAUAGAUUGUACUAUGUAACGAAAAACUCGUCACACUUAAUGUUGGCUCACCUCUUUGACAAACCAUGCUUUUUAGGGAUACUUGCUCUAAAGGCUGAUGAUAUAUCGGGCUUUCAUGCCAAUACGCAUAUCCCAAUUGUCAUUGGUUCUCAACAGCGAUAUGAAAUUACCGGCGAGCCACUUUACAGGGAAAUAGGGAUGUUCUUUAUGGAUAUUGUGAAUUCCUCUCAUGCCUAUGCCACUGGAGGGACAUCAGUAUCUGAAUUUUGGAGUGAACCAAAUCGCCAAGCAAGCAAUCUACGAACAGAGACUGAAGAAUCUUGCACAACCUAUAAUAUGCUAAAGGUUGCCAGACACCUUUUUAGGUGGACUAAAGAAAUGGCAUACGCUGAUUACUAUGAACGGGCUCUGACAAAUGGUGUGCUCAGCAUUCAAAGAGGGAUGGAACCUGGAGUGAUGAUUUACAUGUUACCACUAGGCCAUGGUCAAUCCAAGGCCAUGAGUUAUCAUGGAUGGGGUACACUGAAUAAUAGCUUCUGGUGCUGCUAUGGAACAGGAAUUGAGUCAUUCUCCAAAUUAGGAGACUCGAUAUAUUUCGAGGAAGAGGGAAAAGUUCCAGGAAUUUACAUUAUCCAGUACAUAACAAGCUCAGUUGAAUGGGAAUCUGGACAUUUAUCACUAAUUCAGCAAGUAAAGCCUAUUGUUUCAUGGGACAAUCACCUUGCAAUUGCCUUAACCGUUUCCACCAAAAAGAAGACAAAUGCCAUUUCAUCGACAUUGAACUUGAGAAUACCUAUAUGGUCACGUUCAGAUGGUGCCAUGGCUGCAUUAAAUGACAAGCCGUUGUCUCUUCCAAGUCCUGGAAACUUCCUAUCAAUUACUCGAAGAUGGAGCAGUAAGGAUGUUAUCUCUCUAAUGCUACCAAUCAGUAUCCGGACUGAGGCUAUCAAAGAUGAUCGACCUGAAUAUGCCUCGCUAAGAGCAGUAUUAUACGGCCCAUACCUUCUGGUUGGUUUGAGCAGUGGUGAUAGGGAUAUCAGUCCAGAAGCAGCAGAUUCUCCUUCAGAAUGGAUGACUCCAAUUCCAGCUGAAUACAAUUCUCAUCUAAUUUCACUUUCAAAAGAAUCCAAAAACUUAAAACUUGUUUUUGCCAAAUUUAAAACAGUUAUUCUACUUGAUAACUUACCUAAACCAGGGACAAACUACUCCAUCUACGCCACUUUUAGACUCAUUCCUAAAAAUUCAAAAUCCUCAAAAACAUUAGUGGCGAAAGACUUUAUCGGGGAAUCAGUUAUGUUGGAAUCAUUUGAUCAUCCAGGUAUGGUUGUGACCCACCAUGGUGAUAACGAGAUCCUGGAGGUGAAAGCUGCUUCUUAUCAAAGUAGUUCCUUUUUUCGCUUAGUUAAGGGCCUAGACAAGAAGAAAUAUUCUGUUUCAUUAGAAUCCGAAAGCCGGAAAGGUUGUUUCAUUCAUAGUGAGCAUAGAUUAGGUGCAGUUGUGAAGCUCAAGUGCGAAGCAGAAUCACCCCAUAAUGAGUUUAAAGAAGCAGCCAGCUUCAGACUGAGGGAUGGAAUUAGCAAGUAUGAUCCCAUCAGUUUUGUUGCAAGAGGGCGGACAAGGAAUUUUCUGAUGCAACCAAUAUAUAGCAUUAGAGAUGAAAACUACACUGUGUACUUCAAUAUAUAAUACAAGAAUGUAGUGGUAAGGUUGGAGAUUGUAAUGUUAUGUAUUGUUACUAAGCAUUGGUGAUGAAAUAGUUGGGAAUGUGAAAUUAUGAGUUUGAUGUGUAA